AUCAGUGGGGCAAGAACAUGCAUGUGUCGAUAACAAGUACAUACCAGAUACCUACCAGAUACAUACCCAGCCUGAAGUGGCCAGCUGGUCAAUGCAACCUUGUGCCGGGUUGCGUUACGCAGAUACCUCUGUCACAUGCUACUUGCCCACCCAUUCCCGUGUACUUUCCUACCACUUUUACUUCUCCGUUCCCAGUCUUCUUCCAGGCCACGUUGAUACCUUCAAGGUUACCUCUUCCAUUGUCCCACCUAUUAUUAUAGACCUCCCGACGCCCAGUUUUCUUUUCUUAAUCAUCUGCUGUCCUGUUCGCAUAAUUCCAACGCUACGCAGGGCACAUCAAACAUCGCCGCGCCGCGCCGUGGCUGUCCACGCAUUUGAUCCGUCCCGUUGUUCUUGGUUAGCUGUCGUUGCAUCGCUCUCCCGACAUGAUUGUUCCUCUAUCGAGGCUGGCCUUUGCCGCCGGCCUUUUGUCGACAUCGAGCCUUGUGAAUGCCCUGUCGCCCUCCGACAUUCCCUCCGACACGCCCAUAACCUCCCUCCUGUCGUCCGCCCAGACGCACAUGGCCAAGGGCGAGACUAUCGAAGCCCUCAUGUACUAUGAUGCUGCCAUCGCUAGAGACCCCUCCGACUACCUGACCUUCUUCAAACGCGCCACCACCUAUCUCUCCAUCGGCCGCACAUCGCAGGCUACCUCCGACUUCAAUAAAGUUCUAGAACUGCGACCCGGCUUUGAGGGCGCACACCUGCAGCUCGGAAAGCUUAAGGCGAAAGCUGCCGAUUGGGACGGUGCCAAGGAGCAGUACUUGCUGGCGAAGCACAGUGCAGACUCUCCCGAGUUCCAGCAGCUGCUCGAGGCACAGGGUGCUGCCAAAUUGGCCGAGGAUGCUGCCACUGCUGGAAACUGGGAGGAGUGCGUGGCUCACGCCGGAAAUGCCAUCUUCGUGGCCAAUCGAGCUCCCCAACUUCGAGAGCUGCGCGUAAGGUGUCGCUUAGAGCGAGGCGAGGUUGAGGAGGGCAUGAGCGACAUGCAGCACAUUCUACAGAUGCGCCCUGGUGAUACCAAACCCCAUCUCAAGAUUUCGGCCACGACUUUCUACGGUCUUGGUGAUAUGAACCAGGGAUUGGCACAGAUCAGAAAGUGCCUUCACUCCGAUCCUGACUCAAAAGCUUGCAAGAAGUUGAUGAAGCAGGAGAAGAGCGUGGAGAAGACGUGGGCUAAAGUGAACAAGUCGCUGGAGAAGAAGCAGCCCAUGACGGCUGUCAAGUUUUUAGUUCCUUCGAAUGAAGAGAAAGGGCUAAUUGAUGAGCUCAAAGAACAAGUUGCGGAGUUGAAAAAGGACGGUAUAAUUCCAGAAAAGGCCCCGAACGCUUUAUUGACACAAUUUGUUGAGGCCGCCUGCCAAGCUUAUUAUGAGGCCAAUGGCAAGAAAGCAAGCACAUAUUGUCCUGAAGCCUUACAAUUAGAUGAGAACUCAAUAUAUGGUCUAUUAUAUAAGGCAAAGACACAGCUAGAUGCUGAAGACUUCGAGCCUUGUAUAGCGACGCUGAAGAAAGCGUCCGAAGUCAGACCAGACAAGAACAACAUCAUCAAUCCGUUGAUGCAAAAGGCCCAGGUGGCGCUAAAGCGCAGCAAGACGAAGGACUACUACAAAGUACUCGGGGUGCCGCACGACGCCGACGAACGCCAGAUCAAGUCAGCAUACCGCAAGGCAUCGAAAAUACACCACCCAGACAAGGCCAUCAAGCAGGGCCUGAGCAAGGAAGAGGCCGAAAAGAAGAUGGCUAGCAUUAACGAGGCGUAUGAGGUGCUCAGCAACCCGGAGCUCCGCGCGCGCUUCGACCGCGGCGACGACCCAAACUCCCACGAGCAGCAGAACCCCUUCCAGGGCAGCCCCUUUGGCGGCGGUCACCCUUUCAUGUUCCAGCAGGGCGGCCAGCAGUUCCAGUUUAAGUUUGGGUCUGGCGGGGGCGGUGGCGGUGGAGGGUUCCCCCACGGCUUCCCGUUUUAGAGUAUUUAUAUAUAAUAACAAAUGUAAUACAAGAAAAAUUCAAGAGAGCUACCGUUAAUUGUAUUUGUUUUUUUCUUCUCUUCAUUCUAGGAUCAGUAGUUAAUAGGAUUUGACUUACUUGAAAUGGGUUUGAUUCCCCGGGAUACCCCCUGGUUGUGUACUUACUAUGGCGAUACCGGUAUGAUAUGUAGACAUACGUUUCCACAAAUG